GGUUGUCUGAUUCCAGUGAGACACUCAAGAAUCCUUAGCACGUGGCAAUUUCGGGUACGAGGCAGCGCCCGCGAGGACGUAUUGCAAAACAAUCCGCAGCGAUGUCUAUAGACAUGCCCCUUUGAGAUCCGAUUCGCGCAGCCAGUUGCGAAGUUAUUUGACAUGGGUCUCACAGAGGAAACCAGCAUGGCACGCACAUGGCAGAACGAAGGGCAAGAGUGCCAUACACAAAAAAACAUGCCGCACUCAUGGCAUUCCUUGUCUUAAUUGCCAGUUCCAUGUUGUGCUUGCAAUCCUUGCCUGCAAAGCCUGUUUGACCUGGCCCUGUCCUGUUUCAGGAAGGAGCUAUAUAGCUUGCAGUUCUACAGCGCGCUCUGGGGCUUUGCUGCCGUACAUCUCCAUAGCUUUGAGGCUGGCAGGGGUGCGCAGCCUUGCACCGCUGCUGUCAUGCGGCUAAAGCGCUGGCCGGCUCUGAGGGCCGCCGCAGCUCCCAAAGUCAAAACGCAAGCAUUGCGCGGUCGGGCCCAGUGUUUUACAUUUCCACACUGCUGCGCCUGCAGUGCACUGACGCAGGAGCUCGCCGUUUCAGCGCAAGGGGCAUGUUAUGCCAUCAAAGAUUGCAGCGCUAUCCGCUUGCGUCAUUGAGGCUCAGUGAGAUAGACAGUGCCCCAAGGUGUUGUGAGACUGUCAGAGGACCUUCGUUUGCCGCCACGAUGGCAUGCCCUGCUUUCUUUGCAGAGUCGGGCGCAGCAGCGACGCCUUGCGACGGAACCCGCCGUGCCUUGGCUUGGGUGUUGGCGGUGUGUCGGCACCAAGCACCUCAGUGUCGAUCGCUUGCUGUUCCUGUUUUCUGACCGCCGUUUAGUCUACCCAGCGAGCGCCGAGCGCAAAAGCAAUUCGGGUUGCAGCGUGAUGAGAGGAGCGAGGGCUGCAAGUGGGCUUUGCAGCGUUCUCCAGCUAUCUUCGCGUGCUAUGCUCAUUUCACACACCGGCCCGCACGCUCACUCUUUUCAUUUCAACAAAAGCGUCCGCUUUAGCAGCCUGCUUUGACUGAACCACAGCCUCUAUAAGUAUCCUUGGCCCAGUUGAUCUCUCCAGCGCCCACUUCAUGUUCCAGAUGUGCGGUGCGCAGCUUGACCAACACUUCGUGAACUGAACAAGGAUCAUGGGAAAUCAAUGCGAGAAAGACAGGCCAAUUACAAGCUAGUUUGCUUGCCUUGUUUAUCCAGAGCAGGUGCCGCGUUGUGUUGAGCAACGCUUUGUGGCUGGGUUGUCUGAUUCCAGUGAGACACUCAAGAAUCCUUAGCACGUGGCAAUUUCGGGUACGAGGCAGCGCCCGCGAGGACGUAUUGCAAAACAAUCCGCAGCGAUGUCUAUAGACAUGCCCCUUUGAGAUCCGAUUCGCGCAGCCAGUUGCGAAGUUAUUUGACAUGGGUCUCACAGAGGAAACCAGCAUGGCACGCACAUGGCAGAACGAAGGGCAAGAGUGCCAUACACAAAAAAACAUGCCGCACUCAUGGCAUUCCUUGUCUUAAUUGCCAGUUCCAUGUUGUGCUUGCAAUCCUUGCCUGCAAAGCCUGUUUGACCUGGCCCUGUCCUGUUUCAGGAAGGAGCUAUAUAGCUUGCAGUUCUACAGCGCGCUCUGGGGCUUUGCUGCCGUACAUCUCCAUAGCUUUGAGGCUGGCAGGGGUGCGCAGCCUUGCACCGCUGCUGUCAUGCGGCUAAAGCGCUGGCCGGCUCUGAGGGCCGCCGCAGCUCCCAAAGUCAAAACGCAAGCAUUGCGCGGUCGGGCCCAGUGUUUUACAUUUCCACACUGCUGCGCCUGCAGUGCACUGACGCAGGAGCUCGCCGUUUUAGCGCAAGGGGCAUGUUAUGCCAUCAAAGAUUGCAGCGCUAUCCGCUUGCGUCAUUGAGGCUCAGUGAGAUAGACAGUGCCCCAAGGUGUUGUGAGACUGUCAGAGGGCCUUCGUUUGCCGCCACGAUGGCAUGCCCUGCUUUCUUUGCAGACUCGGGCGCAGCAGCGACGCCUGCGACAGAUCCCACCGUGCCUUGGCUUGGGUGUUGGCGGUGUGUUGGCACCAAGCACUUCAGUGUCGAUCGCUUGCUGUUCCUGUUUUCUGACUGUUUGAUCUACGCAGCGAGCGCAAAAGCAAUUCAUAUUGCAGCGUGAUGGGAGGAGCGAGGGCCCGCCGAACCCCAAAUGGACCAUGCCGACAUUUGACCACCGAACCUCACAUGGCUUCGCAGGAUUGCUGAUUCGGGUUUAUCGGCAUCGCCGGUGGUGUGCGAAACUUCUGGCUCCCAGGGGCAUGGUGCGGAAGUGGCCGGUCAGCUCGAUCAUUCUCGAGCGUCCUUAUAUGUCCCCUCAUGCUGAAAAAGGAGACUUCGAUGUGUUUGAACGCCUGGAAAGGUCUCUGAAUCCCAAAAAAAAAAAAAGUUAGGAAGGUGAUAGAGUUGCAAGGAACACAUAAGGACACUGCAAGUGGGCUUUGCAGCGUUCUCCAGCUAUCUUCGCGUGCUAUGCUCAUUUCACACACCGGCCCGCACGCUCACUAAGUUCUAACACUUUUUAUAAAAACAAAAGCGUCCGCUUCAGCAGCCUGCUUUGACUGAACCACAGCCUCUAUAAGUGACCUUGGCCCCGUUGAUCCCUCCAGCGCCCACGUCGUGUUCCGGAUGUGCGUUGUGCUGUUUGACCAACACUUCGUGAACUGAACAAGGAUCAUGGGAAAUCAAUGCGAGAAAGACAGGCCAAUUGCAAGCUAGUUUGCUUGCCUUGUUUAUCCAGAGCAGGUGCCGCGGUGUGUUGAGCAACGCUUUGUGGCUGGGUUGUCUGAUUCCAGUGAGACAUUCAAAAGGCCCUAGCACGUGGCAAUUUCGGGUGAGAGGCAGCGCCCGCGGGGACGUAUUGCAAUCCGCAGCGAUGUGUAUAGACAUGCCCCUUUGAGAUCCAAUUCGCACAGCCAGUUGUGAAGGUAUUUGACGGUUGUUUCUCACACAGGAAACCAUCAUGGCACGCACAUGGCCAAACAAAAGGCAAGAGUGCUACACACGAGCGAGCUGGACCUGGUUUGCUCCAAGCGGUUCCGCGACUGCGCGAGGGCCUUCGUUUCCCGCUUUAAGUUGACACGUUCUGCUUCCUUUGCGGGGUCGGUCGCAGCAGUCGCCAGGGCAAUCAUGCCUUGCGACAGAACCCACAGUACUUUGGCUUGGGCUUCGGCAUUGCGUUGGCAAACAUACUGCAGUGUCGACCACUGGCUCUUCCUGUCUUCUGACCUCGAUGACCCAGCACCUGCACUUUGCAGCGUUAUCCCGAUACCUUUGGGCGCGGCAGUCAUUUCCUGUAUGGAGCCGCGCUCACUCGUAGAGUGACAGCGCGCGUCCUGCCGCAGAAUGCUUUGUCGCCGAAGGGUUGUUUGCAUGUCGAGAGAAGCAUGCAAAUCGCAGCAGCCCGGUGGAGUCCGAAACCUGUCGCCGCAGGGCAGCUUUUUGUUUCGGGCCUGAAGCUAAGUACCCUUUGCCCCGCCCAAUGCGACCAAGUGUCAGGAGCAGUGUUCCUUGGCUAGCGGCCCACGUUCAGCCGUAGCGCAUUGAUAUAGACAGGCAGGCUGCGAGCUAGCAUACUCAGCAGUCGCCUUGUUUUGCCACCGAAUCACGCGCUGCGCAACAAUUUUGCAGCAGGGGCUACAGGACAAACAAGUCUUGACCAGGUCACAAAGGACGUGCGCAAAGUUGCGAGUGUUACCGCAUUGACAGAGGCAGGCAAGCUUCAAGCCAGUGCGAUGUUCGUCCAACAUCGCAACAUGUUGCCGGGCUAGUGGUGAUGGGAUGUGUACAGCAUUGCUCUUCUAGGCUGAGUUCAAUGUCUUUUACGAAAGACAAUGCUCCUUGCUCGCAUGUUGUGAUUGUGGCUUCAAGAGGUUGAUAUGCGCCCACACUGCUUGGCAGCAGUGAGAAGGCAAGAUGCCUCAAGCGCAGCAUGCGAGGAGCGCUAUUUGUGUUGCUUUGGCUGCUGCCCCACAGCUCAUCACCAGCCUGCAUCCAAGAAUCUCUGGUGUACCCAUGUGAUGGCCCCUGCGUAUUGCAGUCUCGCACCAUGUCUUUGGCGGGCAUCAACCUUGAUCGAUUGCCAGAAGCUGGGCAAGUCUUCGCAUUGACUCGGGCAGCGAACUCGAGAUGCUUGCAGCCGCGCGCCGGCUACAAGGGCAUCCGCGACACAUGUGCAGCCUUGCUGGCUCUGCGGCUGCCGUCUGUCCAGCGUUCUCCAACUUGUGGCACGCCUAGGACCAGAUGGACCAGCGCGUCACGCCUCGAGGUCAACGCGCGCAAGGCCGCUUUGCAGGUCCUGGGGGGCUCUGGCUGCCGGGAAUGGCACAUGUGCGUUCCAGCUGAAGAUUCUUCCGUCAUGAACGCCCAGGCAGUCUACAUGCCGCAGCUUGCUUUGAGGAGGCGCUGCGUCUGACACUGCGGUGCCGGCAUGUGUGCCAGCUUCGCAGCGCUGGCCGAAGAAGUUAACUGCCCCGUGUCCUUCGAGAACGGGUUCAAGGUCCAACGUCGCGCGUGCAGCAGUACACAUUGCCUCAAGCUCAAGUCUCGGUGGCGAAGCAAUGCACCUUGAUCGUCGCGAGGAUUGGCUGGCCUAUCGAGAUAACAAGAUCCAUUGGGCAAGGCUGCUGGUGGGCAGACGGAAGCUUCGUGAUACAAUCCAGCGCCGA